AGAGUAAUAAAGGGAUUCAAAACGUAGCAGGAGUGUGGGGACUGUUUAAUCCUUUGGAUUAAAAGUAGUUCAAAGCCGUUUGUUCACAUCCUUCCUUCUGACAGAGGAGGCGUUGAGGUUGGAGUCACGUAUAGGCGGUGGCAGCAGCAGGAGCGAACUGAGCAACCGCGCGGUUGAGCCCCCUCCCCUCAGCUACAACCAUGGCUGAAAACACCGGCUUGGAAAACCAUCGCAUCAAGAGCUUCAAGAAUAAGGGCCGGGAUGUUGAGACUAUGAGAAGACACCGAAAUGAAGUGACAGUCGAAUUACGGAAGAAUAAAAGAGAUGAACAUCUAUUGAAAAAGAGGAAUGUCCCCCAGGAAGAAAGUUUAGAAGAUUCAGAUGUUGAUGGAGAUUUCAAAGGACAAAACAUAACGUUAGAAGCAAUACUUCAGAAUGCUACUAGUGACAAUCCAGUUAUUCAGCUAAGCGCAGUACAAGCUGCAAGAAAGUUAUUGUCGAGUGAUAGAAAUCCUCCCAUUGACGAUUUAAUAAAAUCUGGAAUUUUGCCAAUCUUGGUCAGAUGCCUAAAGAGGGAUGACAAUAACACUCUUCAAAAUGAGCAUGGGUGGACACUGACAAGGGUGCACAGCCAGGGCACAUCAGAAGAUACACAGGCUCUAUGCACUAGCAAUGCAGUACCUCUUUUCUUAGAGCUCCUACAUUCACCACAUCAGAAUGUUUGUGAACAAGCAGUAUGGGCCCUCGGAAACAUCAUAGGUGAUGGUCCUCAAUGCAGAGAUUAUGUAAUAUCGUUGGGAGUUGUCAAACCUCUCUUGUCCUUCAUAAAUCCAUCUAUUCCUAUUACCUUCCUACGGAACGUAACAUGGGUUAUUGUAAACUUGUGCAGAAAUAAAGAUCCUCCACCUCCUAUGGAAACAGUUCAAGAGAUUUUACCCGCAUUAUGUGUACUAAUAUACCAUACAGAUAUAAAUGUAAGUACUGCAGCACUAAGAGCAGUAGGAAAUAUUGUAACGGGCACAGAUGAGCAAACUCAAGUCGUUCUAAACUGUGAUGUUCUUUCCCAUUUUCCCAAUCUCCUAACACAUCCAAAGGAGAAGAUCAACAAGGAAGCAGUUUGGUUCCUUUCAAACAUCACCGCAGGAAAUCAACAGCAAGUUCAAGCAGUAAUAGAUGCAGGUUUAAUUCCCAUGAUCAUCAAUCAGUUAGCAAAGGGUGACUUUGGAACACAAAAGGAAGCAGCCUGGGCAAUCAGCAAUUUAACAAUAAGUGGAAGGAAAGAUCAGGUUGAAUACCUGGUACAACAAAAUGUAAUACCACCAUUCUGCAGCUUACUAGCAGUAAAGGACUCUCAGGUUGUACAAGUCGUCCUUGAUGGUUUGAAAAAUAUUUUGAUAAUGGCGGGUGACGAAGCUAGCACAAUAGCUGAAAUUAUUGAGGAAUGUGGUGGUUUAGAGAAAAUUGAAGCGCUUCAGCAACAUGAAAACGAAGACAUCUACAAACUAGCUUUUGAAAUCAUAGACCAGUAUUUUUCUGGAGAUGAACUUGAUGAAGAUCCAAGUAUAAUUCCUGAAGCUACUCAAGGAGGUACUUACAACUUUGAACCUGCUUCUAAUCUUCAAGCAAAAGAAUUUAAUUUUUAAAUUACACAAACACUGCUUCUGUUACUCUUGCCAAUUUGAAGUACACUGAAAGCCACCAAGCAAAAGGUGAUGAAGGCUCAGACUUUUCCUGCCUCUUCAUUUGAUGCUUUUACAAUAGGCAUAGCACCAGUUCUUCUGCAGUUGCCAAAAGUCGCUGUCAAGUGGACUGUAGAUGUGUGUGCAUGACUUCUCCAAAACCAGACUACAGACAUCUUUACCAGUUGAAAAAAAAAAACUCCACAUUUUCUGUGAUUUUUGCCUUUCCUUAUCUGGUGCCACAUUUUCAAAAUGAUUAUUGGCAGUUUUGUGUCGUGUUCUGUAGUGGUGAUGCAGUAGCUUUCCACAUGGCAAGAAAAUGAAGUUGUGUAACAGUGUGCUGUUAAGGUACUCCAUAUGAAGAGGCUUUGGAAAACUGGAUAAGGGCAAGGCAAUCGCUGCACAUCGAGCCAUGUCAUUUACAGACAUUUUUAGUGUUUGAAAUAGAAAACUUGAUUUUGCGACAGCAUACUUGAGAGUUUAAACCGUGGAAUGAAAGAAACAAUAUAAAUUGCUACUGACACUCAUUGCUUGAGUAAACAGAAAACUGCAUUUAUUUGUGAUUGUCCAUUUACUGCCUCAGAUUCCUUCACUGGUGACUGGACAUGAAAUACGAAAAGUGGAGCCACGUUCUGGUACUGCUAGUAUGUUUCUAGUAUUGCCAGUACAUUUAAUUUUUGUGAAGUCCUACUUGACCACUCACUUCAGCCUGUGUUUAUCCUGCUGUUUUGAAGUAAUCCAGUGCUGUGCAUGGUAUCAUAUACCCACGCUACUGUCCCUCAUUUAUGGGCUUAACACUGCACAAGCUUAAAAGUAAGAGUUCACUAAUGCUGUACGAAACUGUAAUUAAUAGACUCAAUCUAAUUGUAAAUUUUGUGUAAAAUGCAUACAUUUCAGAUAUCAGUGCUCUUGCUUUAAGUCUUCAGUGAACUCUGUUAGUGGACAUGGUUGGUUUUUAGUGGGUUUUAACUGUGGAGCUUCCAUGUUUACUAUAAUUUACAGUCUUAGGCAGUUUCUGCAUAGUAGGCAUUGCUUUUGGAUAAUGUGGAUGGCAACAGACCAGUAACCUUUCAGCUGUCAUAUGAUCCUUUAGCUGUCACUUUGGGAGAUGUUACAGGUCUUUGUGCACUUUUGUUUUCUCAUUCUCCCUCCAUAAAAGUAUCAAAUACUCUCUUCUUGCAGGUUUUCAGUGUUCCUGUGUUAAAAAAAAAAAAAAAAAAAAAAAAAGAAAACUUCAGACAUUUCAUUCUACAGGGAAGAAGCAAAAAUGAUUUCAAAGUUAGCAGCAGAGGCUAAAACAAAGGUACGUCACUGUGAGCCCUUAAUGUCCUGAUUGGGAAAUGCAAGCAAAGACGACAUGGGUCUUCAGGGACACAUGAUGGAGCAUUGGGAAUUCUUGUGCAUUUAGAGCUCAGUCUAGUUAUUAUGCUGGAAAAAUGGAAUUUAAAAUCAACAUACAAAGACUACAUCUUUCAGGAAACCUGGUAAGGCUACAUAAAAGCCAGUGUUACCUGUACCAGCUUACUGUGUCUGAUCAGUUUUAUAAAACUGAAUAUUCUUUCAUUCUUGGUGAGCUUUUAGGAGUGGAGCUUUUUGAAACCAUAGCACUGUCAGACAAAUUGUCUACAAGUAGAAGUUAUACUUCUGUAAUUAAAAGGCUAGAGUUAACUCAGUGCUGUAGUUAAUAUGGAUUUCCUGCCAGUGUGAUGACCAGAUGUGAUUUUGUUUCCCAGUACAUUUUGUAAAGGGACAAAACAAGUUCUAAUGAAGUUGGGUAAAAUGCCAUUGGAGCUUUGUGGAUGACCUGUUUAUUGCUGAUGAACAACAUUUAGGUGUACAUUCGUUUAAUAUAUCUGCCAAGUUGGAGCCACUUUAAAGAGUACAUUAACUUGUAUCUGAAGCAGAUGCAAGCUUAUAGUGAACUUGCAAGAUUUUUACUUGCUAAAAAAUCUGUUUUAAUGAAACAGUGUUUUGGCCUGUGGUUAUUUAUAGCUUUUUAUAAAUUUUAGAUCAAAUUCUCUUUAAGGUGGCUCAAUUAUUUCAACUCCUGUGCAUAUAGAAGCAAGUUGAAUUUCAUUGUGCCUUUGUUUUUGUUUUCAAAUACAAAAAAUGACUUUAAGGCUACAUAUGGUAAUUGCAUCCCGGUUCACAUAUAUAGAAUUUGGAAAAGCCUAAAUGGUGUAGCAAUUGCUAAAGCUGGUCACGUUUACAUCAUUAAAAUGAAUCUUGUUUAAACUUUCA